AUGCGGCACGGCCCCGACCUCAACAAUAAUGCACGGUGGCAGCACACACCCAUCCACAAAAAAAAGAAAACAAAACAAAAGAAAAACACGGCGGCAGCGUGUGGCUGUGUGUGUGUGGCGCUGCGGGUGUCUGUCGGCCCUCGACGCAUAAAAACAAAAAAACAAGAGGGAAAGAAAUGUAUGCUCCGCCCCACAGGCCCUCGUCCGCGGCCCCUCUUCAUGCGUGCAGCGGGCGAAGCGCACAGGGCCGUCGUCAUGAGCGUGUCGGUGGGUGUGCGAGUGGAGCAGUUGGGCGGGAAACACACGGCACCCCUCACAGGAAGAGUGCAGAAGAAACAAUUAAAAGAGGGAACAGUAGAAAAGAAACACGUCCAUAUUGAUUGCCCCCAAAAGCAAAAAAAAAAAAGAAUGGAUGGGGGAUGGGAGAUAAAAAGAGAAAACAUUAAAAAACGAAAAAAGAAAAAUACGCACAACAAAAAAAAGUAA